AUGGAAAUGGCUAGCAGGCGAUCGAAUUACACCUUGCUGAAUCAGAAUACCAACCAACCAGUCUACCACCAGCCACCGCCUCAGCAGAAGAAGCUCUCCGGCGGCGGCGAUGGCGAGGCUGCUGCUAUCUAUUACGAGUCUCGCUCCGGCGAGAAGAAUAAACUGAGGUCCGAACGAGGCUCAUCCUUGGAUUGGGAAUCGAUUGAUCAGCGGAUGAUCCGGGCGCACCAGCCGCAGCAGAGCCGGAUCGGGACGGCGCCGUUUCAUGGGUCUUUUGGGCUGCAGAGGCAGUCGAGCGGGAGCAGCUUCGGCGGGAGCUCGAUCUCGGGGGACUAUUUCGCGCCCUCGUUCUCAGGCCCCGAGCCGCCUUAUGGUCAUCCGAGCGAUGGCGGCGGUGAAUCCCGGGUGGGAACGGCGGAUAUUUCUGUCGGCGGCAACGGCUCGUCGUCUUCGAAGAGCUGGGCGCAGCAGACGGAAGAGAGCUACCAGUUGCAGCUGGCUUUGGCCCUCCGCCUCUCUUCAGAAGCUACCUGUGCUGACGAUCCUAAUUUUCUGGAUCCCGGGCCUGAGGAAUCCACAUCGGGUGCUUCUUCAUCAGCUGCCUCAGCAGAUGCAGUUUCUCACCGAUUUUGGGUAAAUGGCUGCUUAUCUUAUUUCGACAAAGUUCCUGAUGGGUUUUACAUGAUUCACGGGAUGGAUCCAUAUGUUUGGGCUGUGUGCUCUGAUCAUCAAGAAAGCGGCCACAUCACAUCUCUUGAUUUGUUAAAGGCAGUUGAUCCUGUUCUGGUCUCUUCGGUUGAAGUGAUUUUCGUAGAUACGCGAGCUGAUCCCAGCUUGAAAGAGCUGCAGAAUUGGGCUCACAACUUAUCAUCUAGUUGCAUCACCACGAAAGAAAUUGUUGACCAGCUUGCGAAGCUAGUUUGUAAUCAUAUGGGGGGUGCAGCUUCCAGUGGGGAAGAUGAUCUGGUUACAAUUUGGAAGGAGUGCAGUGAUGACUUAAAGGAGUGCUUGGGGUCUAUUGUGCUCCCUAUUGGUAGCCUCUCCAUUGGACUAUGCAGGCAUCGAACUCUGCUAUUCAAAAAGUUGAUGAAAGCUGCUAGUUAUAAAGUUCCUGGGGAGUAUCUUAUUGAUUUGGUUGAGAACCCAGGAUGCUUAUGUGACCCUGAUUCCUUGCUGAAUGGUCCAUCUACAAUCGCAAUUUCCUCACCUUUAUGCUUUCCGCGGUUUCGGAAGGUGGAACCUGCGGUUGAUUUCAGGUUGCUGGCGAAAAAAUUCUUCUCAGAUCUUCAGUCGCUCAAUCUUGAGUUCGAUGAUUCUGUAGCAGCUGGAAAUAUUAUUCAUGGAGAGAUAUCUAAACAGUCGGAGGGGACUCAUGUUGAUAGAACCAACUCUCCACCCAGCUCAAGCAAUCGAGAGGAGAUUUCUGAAGCACAACCAUUCGCCACAAAUUCCUGGAUAAAGGUUCAUGAUAAAGAACAGUUACUCUCUAGACCUUCUAAUGAGCAGAAUGUAGUAAGCUCGGGAAAUAUACUCAAAAGCUCGAUACCUUUGAAACUUAUUCCUCCAAUUGGGAAUAAAGAAGUUCAUCCGGUUAUCUCCAUGCUGGGUCAAAGAAUAAAUACAAAUAAAGACACAAGGUUCGAUGAAGGAGGUCAAUCAGUUGCAUCUAAAACACGUGAAUUUACCUUUGAUGUUGAUGAUCUAAAAAUUCCCUGGUGUGAUCUUGCUUUAAAGGAGAAGAUUGGGUCAGGUUCUUUUGGAACAGUUCAUCGUGCUGAAUGGAAUGGCUGUGAUGUUGCUGUGAAGAUUCUCAUGGAACAAGACUUCCAUGCGGAGCAGUUCAAGGAAUUUUUAAGGGAGGUGGCUAUCAUGAAAAGACUGCGACAUCCGAAUAUUGUGCUUUUUAUGGGUGCUGUUACAGAACCGCCAAACUUGUCCAUAGUAACAGAGUAUUUAUCAAGAGGUAGUCUGUACAGACUGCUGCAUAAACCUGGUGCAAAAGAGGCUUUGGAUGAAAGACGUCGACUAAGCAUGGCUUAUGAUGUGGCAAAAGGAAUGAACUAUCUUCAUAAAUGCAAUCCUCCUAUUGUUCAUCGAGACUUGAAAUCUCCUAACCUUCUUGUUGAUAGGAAGUUUACUGUGAAGGUCUGUGAUUUUGGUCUUUCCCGUUUAAAAGCAAACACCUUUCUUUCGUCCAAGUCUGCUGCUGGAACUCCUGAGUGGAUGGCACCUGAAGUGCUUCGUGAUGAACCUUCAAAUGAAAAGUCAGAUGUGUACAGUUUUGGUGUGAUAUUAUGGGAGUUGGCGACUCUGCAGCAACCCUGGGGCAACUUAAAUCCUGCACAGGUUGUCGCCGCUGUUGGCUUCAAAGGAAAAAGGCUUGAAAUUCCUCGAGAAGUAAACCCCCAAUUAGCAGCCCUUAUUGAAGCCUGCUGGACCAAGGAACCUUGGAAACGGCCCUCCUUUUCAAGUAUCAUGGACUCUUUGAGACGAUUGAUUAAGAGCCUAACACCUGCCCAACCGAGUUAUGCAAAACCUCCGUCGCUCGCGUAA